CGAGGCCUUGAUACAGCCAACAUAUAUCACAUUGUCAUCAUACUCAUACAUCACAUUGUUCAGAGGCUUCACUUCAGACUCGAAGAUGGAAAUAGCAGUAGCGAAGAGACCUAUUAAAUACGCUGUGGUGGAUGCAUUCACAGAUAGACCACUUAAAGGUAAUCCGGCAGCCAUCUGUUUGUUGGAAGGAGAAGAUAAGAAAGACGAUGAGUGGUUACUAGGAGUUGCCAGGGAGUUUAAUGCUCCGAUAACAUGCUACUUGACUAGAGUUGUUUAUCAUGAGAGCGAUAGUGAUGACGAUUAUUGUGAUAAAUCCAAGUAUGACAAGAAGUAUAAUCCUGUUUUUAACAUUAGGUGGUUCACUACUGUUGCAGAGGUUGACAUUUGUGGACAUGCAACCAUGGCAGCUGCAAAAUUUCUAUUUACAUCUGGUUUAGUAAAAUCAAACCUAAUUGAAUUUAUCGGACUAUCCGAUAUAUUAGAUGGAUCAAAGAUUUUGAGCAAUGGUAGUAUUUACUCUGAGGAUGAUAAUCGUUGUCGUCGGGAUCCAGCAGACUUCAUCAUCGAAUUAGACUUUCCUACCACUACACUGGUGGAAUGUGAUCCAUUGGAGAUACCUUCCGUACCACAAACUCUAAAUGGUGCAUCUGUUCUUAAUAUAAAGAAAACAGCUUCCUUCGGCGACCUAAUUAUUGAGGUCUCAUCGGGACAAAACGUCAUAGACUUGAAACCAAACUAUGAAGAAUUAAAAGGGUGGAAGGGAGGAAGAGGAGUCGUUUUUACAGGUAAAGCUCCCCAUGGAUCUGGUUUGGAUUUCAUCUCUCGAUUGUUCUCUCCAAAUCUUGGUGUCAACGAGGAUGCUGUUUGUGGGAGUGCGCACUGUGCCCUGGCACCUUACUGGAGCAAAAAGUUGGGAAAAUCUUAUUUUCUUGCUUACAUGGCAUCUCCAAGAGGAGGGGUAUUGGAUCUCCAUUUAGAUAUGGAAAAUCAAAGACUAAAGAUUCGAGGGAAAGCUUUUAUUGUCAUGGAAGGAGCUCUAUUUGCUUGAUCAGGCCCAUCAAUAUACCUUUCGGAUUGAUGGGUAAUAACAACUACACGUGCAAUGUGCAUCGUCAUAAACCUUAACUACUAUUUGCGGUCAUAGCUAGAUUUGCUUAAGAAGACAAGCUGGACAUGUUAUUUAAUA